ACUGACUCCAUUUUAGAGUCGACAGCAGGAGGACUUCGGACUGAUUGAAGAUGAGUGAUGAGGUGUUAGAGGAGGACAGACCAAAGUCUCCAGGAUCCGGCUGUCUGUCCAUGAAGAGCGACUGCUCCAAAGGAGAACCUCUAAACUUCAGUAAUGAACCUUUGUCCUCAGACACAAAAAAGAAGAGGAGUUGUGUCUGUGAGGAAGAGCGGCCGUCCUGCUGUGCUUCCUGUCAGGACGUCCUGAAGGAUCCGGUCUCUACCAGCUGUGGACGCUGGUUCUGCAGACAGUGCAUCUCCUCAUACUGGGACCAGUCUGCUUCAUCAGGAGACUCCUCCUGUCCCCAGUGUGGACAAAGAUCCAGAACCACAGCUGGACUGCAGACAGCCAGUCAGAGCAGCUGUGGACAAACAGAUGCUGGUCUGCAGGAGGUUUUAGAGGAACAUAAGAUCAGUCUGAGGAGGAGAUGUGAACGUGUGACUGAAGGAAGUGAUGAAACAGGAAGUGGAACCCUCCUGAACAGGAUCUACACUGAGCUCUACAUCACAGAGGGACAGAGUGAAGAGGUUCAUACCCAACAUGAGGUGAGGCAGCUGGAGACAGCUUCCAAGAUGGACGCCCUCCAUGACCAUCCAAUCAGGUGCCACGACAUCUUUAAAGCCUUCCCUGACCAACAGAGACCCAUCAGAGUGGUUCUGACCAACGGCGUCGCUGGAGUUGGAAAAACGUUCUCAGUGCAGAAGUUCAGUCUGGACUGGGCAGAGGGCUUGGAAAACCAACAUGUCAGUGUGGUGAUGCUGCUUUCAUUCAGGGAGCUGAACCUGAUCAGAGAUCAGCAGUACAGUCUUCUGGAGCUGCUCCAUGUUUUCCAUCCAACAUUACAGAAGGUCCCAGCAGAGAAGCUCGCUGUCUGGAAGCUUCUGUUCAUCUUUGACGGCCUGGAUGAAAGCAGACUUUCAUUGGAUUUCACCAACAGGAAGCUCGUGUCUGAUGUCACACAGAAGUCAUCAGUCAGCGAGCUGCUGACAAACCUCAUCGAGGGGAAGCUGCUUCCCUCGGCUCUCGUCUGGAUAACUUCCCGACCUGCAGCAGCCAAUCAGAUCCCUCCUACAUGUGUGGACAGGCUGACAGAAGUACGAGGCUUCACUGACGCCCAGAAGGAGGAGUACUUCAGGAGGAGAUUCAGUGAUGAAGAGCUGUCCAGCAGAAUCAUCUCCCACAUGAAGACAUCCAGGAGCCUCCACAUCAUGUGCAGAAUCCCAGUCUUCUGCUGGAUCACUGCUACAGUUCUGGAGCACAUGUUGACCACAGAGCAGAGAGGAGAGCUGCCCAAGACCCUGACUGACAUGUACUCACACUUCCUGCUGGUUCAGACAAAGAGGAAGAAGAACAAGUACCAUGAGGGACAUGAGACGAGUCCACAGGAGCUGAUGGAGGCUGACAGGGAAGUUCUUCUGAAGCUGGGGAGGCUGGCGUUUGAACAUCUGGAGAAAGGAAACAUCAUGUUCUACCAAAAAGACCUGGAGCAGUGUGGUCUGGAUGUGACAGAGGCCUCGGUGUACUCAGGAGUUUGUACAGAGAUCUUCAAAAGAGAGUGUGUGAUCUUCCAGAAACCAGUCUACUGCUUUGUUCACCUGAGCAUUCAGGAGUUUCUGGCUGCAGUCUACAUGUUCCACUGUUACACCAGCAGGAGGACAGAGGAGCUGAGGGACUUCCUGAGGAGAGACUGGGAAUACAAAAACACCUUCCCAUCUAUGGAUGCCUUUCUACAGAGAGUCAUGCAGAAAUCCCUUCAAAGUAAAAACGGCCACCUGGACCUGUUUGUUCGCUUCCUUCAUGGCCUCUCUCUGGAGUCCAACCAGAGACUCUUAGGACAUCUGGUGAGUCAGACAGAGAAGAGCCAAAUAUUUUGUGGCUGUCAACUCUCAGAGACUCACUGUGAAGUUGUGGCCUCAGCUCUGAAGUCCAGCCCAUCCCAUCUGACAGAGCUGGACCUGAGCUACAACGACCUGCAAGAUUCUGGCGUGAAGCAUCUGUCUGCUGCACUGGACAACCCAAACUGUAGACUGGAGAACCUGAGACUGGAGGGCUGCAGGUUGUCAGAGUUCAGCUGUGCAUCUCUGAGCUCAGCUCUGAAGUCCAACCCCUCCCAUCUGAAACAUUUGAACCUGAGUGACAACAAUCUGCAGGACUCAGGGCUGAAACAGUUGUGUGGUUUUCUGGAGAGUCCACAGUGUAGACUGGAAACUUUAAGACUGAUUCGCUGCAGUUUCCCAGGGACCAGCUGUGCUUCUCUGGCUACAGCUCUGAGGUCCAUCCACUCCCAUCUGAAGCUUCUGGACCUCAGUCACAACAACUUGCAGGAUUCAGGAGAGGAGAAGCUGUUUGGUUUUCUGGAGAGUCCACAGUGUAGACUGGAGACUCUCAGGUUACGGAGCUCCAGCCUGUCAGAGAUGAGCAUUGUCUUUCUGGUCUCAGCUCUGAAGUCCAACCCCUCCCAUCUGAAACAUCUGGACCUUGGUGACAACUCGCUGCAGGAUUCAGGAGUGAAAGAGCUUGCUAAUCUUGUGGAGAGUCCGCACUGUAGGCUUGAAACUUUGAGAUUGAGGGGCUGCAGCUUGUCAGAGAUCAGCUGUUCUUCUCUGAGCUCAGCUCUGAAGUCCAACCCCUCCCAUCUGAAGUAUCUGGACCUGGGUCACAACAAGCUGGAGGAUUCUGGAGUGAAGCAGCUGUCUGAGCUUGUGAAGAGUCCACGUUGUAGACUGGAGACUCUGAGAUUGCACUGGUGUAGCUCCGAAGAAAUCAGCUGUACUUCUCUGAGUUCAGCUCUGCAGUCCAAUCCGUCCCAUCUGAGACAGCUGGACCUGAGAGGAAACAAGCUGCAGAGUACAGGAGUGCAGCAGCUCUUUGAGCUUGUGAAGAGUCCACAGUUUAGACUGGAGACUCUGAGAUGGCUGCCAUUUUGGUAAACAGGGCGAUGCUGUGGAGAAGCUGUGACCUGAUGAUCCACGGAGGUGGGAGCAGCAGCAGGUUGUGGGCGGAGACCCUCUGCCUGUGUUAGUGGGAGGUGCAGAGCAGAGCUUCAUCCAGCGGUUACUGACGGAGGAACAAGUGCAGAAAACUGAUGUGAACACUGCCACAGAUAAUCCUCAUAUUAUGCUUUAGAUGUCUGAUUGUAAAGGGCAGUGUACAUAUGUUGAAUGUGCGUCAUUUUAUUUGGAUUAACUUCAGCAGAAAAAGUUUUUUGUUUGUUUUUUUACUGCUACUUCUCACAUUUUUAUGAUGGCUUUUCCUGUACUCUUGAACAGUCAUGUAUUUGCAGUCGUGUGUUUUGAUGACCUUCACUGAGGUUUCACGUCAGCAUCGAGGAGCCUUUUCUGUCUGAUUGCACUGUUUAUUAACACUAAUAUUUUUAGCAUCACUCUUUCAGCUGUGGGGGAAAAAACAAACAGGAGACAAAACUGAGUGAAAAGCUUUGUACUGCAGUCAGUCAGCCACCAGAGGGCGCUGCUGAACAACAAGCUGAUUGUCCUCAUGAGACCUCGGUAGCAUCGCAGUGUUUUCAUAGAUCUGCUCAUUUUGUCACACUGGGCCAUGAAAUAAAAGUCAUAUUUACAUGCAGGCAUCAGCAUACGUCAUUCCUGAUGGGUCGGCUCAGCGCCGUGUCCUGAAAGCACACACAGGCAUGUCCAGAUACACACACACCACCGGCCACUGUGAGACACAUCACACAGCAACAUCCUUUACUCAAGGAGAGCAAAGAAGAAGAGAGACAUAUUAUCUGUUUGUUUGUUAACCAGUAUUGAUACUGAUUGGAGGAUGGUGCUGCUACAAAAUAGAAGUGUCUAACCCGGAUUAGCAGCAACUGUCCAUCAGCUCUGACUGUGGCAGUUUGACUAGUUAUGCAUGUUUAUAUGUAUGUACACACAUAUAUACUUUAUUGUCCUCUUAGGAAGAUUUGUCAUGG